GUCAACAAACUGCUUCGUCCGCUCCACCCACCAUGCCCAAGCGCACGCAGGACCCCGAGAUCGCCGUGGCCGUGGAGGCGGAGGUCGGUGAUCGCUCGUGGAUCCCCGAGGCGUACCUCCCCAACGCUUCAGCGUUCACCGACGACAUCAACCCGUUCAGUACCUGGACAUGGGGCAACUACGAGCGCAAGGUCUUCCUCAUCGGCGUCUGCGCGGCCCUGUUCGUGUGGGGCGGGAUCAAGGCCGGCGAGGGCGUGUUCCUCUUGGCCGGCCUGCUCUUCAUCCUCGGCGCGGCCCUCGCCAGCGUUGGGCUGUACGUCUUCUUCCCCUCGGACAGGGUGACCCUACCACACGAUGCAUAGAUUCUAGCCGUCAUGCUUCCACCCUAGCACGCGCUCUGCCUUGUCGCUCAUCCAGACCGCGCGGCGCGGGUUGGAGGCCCAGUACGCCUCGUCAAUGCGAAUGCCAGGCCAGUACCGGCGCAGCAGAUCGACCGUGCCCGGCCUCUCCCCGACCGCGUCGCCAACCUUGCGCCUCUCCACCUCCUCCAACCCUCCCUCCCACGCAAUCUCAGGCGCGACGAUAUGGAAGAUCUCGUGCCCGGUGAACGCGCCAGGCGGCGCCGUGAGGGCACACUCGGCGGCGCGCGCACACGCGUCAUACGACACCCAGGAGAAGACAUCACGCGCCGUGAUCAGCGGCCAGGCCGUCUCGUAGCUCUCCGUCACGAAGUGGUACCGCAGUGUCGCGAUCCGCGUCCACGGGCACAGGAACGCGACCGAGUCGGCUUGGAUCUCGGCUUCGUGCUUGCUGAGCCCGUACGGGUCCAUCUGGCGCGGGCGUCAGCGUGCUUCCUGGACCUAAACUGCGACGGCCAUGGCACUCACCGGUCGCCUCGUCGUUCCCUCGCUCAUCGGGAACCCGUCAAACGUGUUCCGUCCGGGAAUGGUGUAGCUCACGCCCUGCGCGUUCAUACUACUAGCCUGCACGAUGUUACGCACGCCGCGCUCCGCGGCGGUCCGGACGACAUUGUAGCUCCC